CUUUUGCUGAACCUCCCCGUUGAUCAUCAUCAAUUCUAUCUGCGCUCCCUCACCAAUCUCGUCCUGAAUCGUAUCGCAGGUCGGUGCCAGUCGCCCUUCAUUUCGGAUCCAUCGACGACACGACCCAAGCAACUAUCGUGUCUUCGUGCUACGGACCCGCAUAUCACCACGCGCAAAACUUUGGCGUUUCACUUCCAAUCGAGGGAUAUCCCAACCCCCGUGAGCAGCGAUGAACGGCGAAACCUACUCCUCCUCCCGACACGGGUCGUCGCGAGACCACUACUCCUCGAGAGCUGACCGAGGCGAGCGCGACGACCGCCGAGACCGCGACCGAACCACCCGCCGACGCUCCCGCUCCCCCCACGGCCACCGCUCCUCCCGCCGCGAUUACGACGGCGACACCUACUCCUCCAGUCGCGACUACCGCGAGCGCGAGCGCGAAGACCGCUACGCCGGCCGCGACCGCCGCGAAGACCGCAGCGGUUGGGAGCGCGGCGACCGCGGCCCGCGCCGUGAUCGACGCGCUGACGAUGGCGAACCGCGACGGGACCGCGACCUGUUCGACGACCGUGGGGGACGAGGACGACGGGACCGCGGUGACCGGGGGGGCGACCGGGAGCGGAAGCGGAGCAAGAGUCCCCCGGCGAAGAAGAGGGAACCGACGCCGGAUUUGACGGGGACGGUGGGGGUGUUGCAGCGGAAGCGGCGGUUGACGCAGUGGGAUAUCAAGCCGCCGGGAUACGAGAACGUGACGGCGGAGCAGGCGAAGUUGUCGGGGAUGUUCCCGUUGCCGGGGGCGCCGCGGCAGCAGCCGAUGGAUCCGAGCCGGUUGCAGGCGUUUAUGAACCCGUCAACUAGCGCGGCGGUGACAUCGUCGUUGAAGCCGUCGAAGGCGAGGCAGGCGAAGCGGUUGUUCGCGUAUAAUAUCCCGGCAACCACCACGGAUGAGUCGCUGGUGGAGUUCUUCAACCUCCAACUCAACGGGCUGAACGUCAUCAGUGGUGAGAACCCUUGCUUGGUCGCGCAGAUCACUUCGGAUCGAGCGUACGCGCUGCUGGAGUUCAAGACGCCGGAAGAUGCGACGAUGGCGUUGGCAUUAGAUGGAAUCAGCAUGGAGGCCAAAACCGCAUCGAACGGUGCAUCGAACGGAGACACCGCCGGGCUAUCGAUCCGACGACCGAAAGACUACAUCGUUGCGCCUGCCUUGGACGACGCGGAGGAGCCCGAAGGCGUGCUCGCUGCCGUGGUCCGCGACUCCGCGAACAAGAUCUGCAUCUCGCACGUCCCGACAUAUCUCAACGACGAGCAAGUCACCGAGCUGCUGCAAUCGUUCGGUGAGCUCAAGAAAUUUGUGCUGGUCAAAGACAUCGGCUCCGAGGAGUCGCGAGGCAUUGCGUUCUGCGAAUACACCGAUCCGUCGAGCACGGACAUCGCUGUCGAAGGGCUGAACGGUAUGGAGCUGGGUGAGGAGCAUCUGAAGGUCCAGCGGGCGAGCAUCGGUCAGCAACAGGCCUCGGGCUUGGAGAUGGGCGUCAAUGCGAUGACGAUGCUGGCUGGGACGACGACGGAGGAGUUAGAGCAGGGACGCGUGCUCCAGCUACUGAACAUGGUCACACCCGAAGAACUGAUGGACAACGACGAAUACGAAGAAAUCUGCGAAGACGUCAAGGAAGAAUGCGCCAAAUACGGCCCCGUCAACGACCUCAAAAUCCCGCGUCCCAGCGGCGGACGGCAAUCGGCUGGCGUCGGGAAGAUCUUCGUCAAGUUCGAGCAGCCGGAGUCCGCGCAGCGAGCGUUCAAGGCGUUGGCCGGCCGGAAAUUCGCCGACCGCACCGUCGUGGUUUCGUUCUUCAGCGAGGAAUACUUCGACGUCAAUGCAUGGUAGUCGUCCAUUCUCAUUUCUCUAGCACGACAACAUAAACUCAGUAGGAAGGUGUGGAGACUGUCUUUUCCACGACAUGUAAUUCUAUCCAUCCGUUGCUCCGACCGGUACGGCCAGGACUUUUCAUACGCCUAGAACGGGCGAUACAAUCAGGGCUGUUAAUGAUGAGGGUUUCGAAAGGGCUUUUUCGUCGUUGCGGCUUUUUCGAGGGACGAUGGCGUUGUGAAUGUAUCGUAUCGCAGAUCAAUUCAAAAGCAUUUGGACGUUGGAUGCCGGUGUCUUGCCGUCGUUCAAUACCAAGUCUACUCCGUACCAUUCACCUAAUGUCGUAACUCGUAAGUCUCCUGAGUCUUGUUGCGUGGAGGUGUGGCGCAGACGCUGUCAUAUGAAGGAGCUGAUAUGAUAGGAGCCGACUAUUGUUAGAAAUGCCUGUGAAACGCAAUAUACCAUAA